ACUCUCUCUCUCUCCCGUCUCCACCAAAGAAUAAACGACUUUCAUGUUUUCAACUUUUGAACUCUCUCAUCUCUCGCGAUUGGACUCAUCAAACCCCCCCUCCUCUCUCUCCUUCUCCUUUACCUUUCCCUGGAAUCUGCUUUUCAUUUUCCCUCACAUCCCUUUAUCCUUCUGAAUAGAAAUUUUGUAUAAAUUUUGGAUUCAACAUCUGCUUUCAUAGUUGGAUCAAUGCCUUCCGCUGGCUCUCCACAAUGGCAAGAGAAGGCUAAUGUUUUCUUUUCUUCCUCAGGAGCAAAGCUCAAAGAAGCUGGGAAAUCAGCUGGAACAUUUGUGGGAGAAGUUGCUAAGGAUGCAAAAGGUAAUGUCACUGAUGUAGCAGAACGGUUUGGGUCAGCAGUUAAAAGUCGAUGGGCAUUUCUUCGGGAGCCAGCAACCAGGCAUGUUUUGCAGGAACAUUUGAUAACUGCAGCUGCUACAACUGGCAUGUUCUUGAGGAAGGGCAUGUCAGAUACAAAGGAGAAAGUUGCUGUUGGGAAGACAAAAGUUGAAGAGGUGGCAAAAAAGACCGCUCUAAAGAGUAAGACCAUUUUGACUGAUAUUGAAAGAUGGCAAAAGGGAGUUGCGAGCACUGAUGUAUUUGGAGUUCCAAUUGAGGUCACUGUACAACGACAACAGUCCAGCAGGCUUGUUCCCCAUAUUUUGGUCAAAUGUGCAGAUUAUCUUAUAUUAUCAGGAUUAAACUCAAUGUACUUGUUUAAAGAGGAAGGAGAUAUAAGAGUUAUUCAGCAAUUGUUUUCUUUAUACAACCAAGAUUCCAAUGCUUCAUUGCCAGAAGGUGUGAAUCCACUUGAUGUGGCAGCUCUGAUAAAAUAUUACCUUGCAAGCCUUCCGGAACCCCUAACAACAUUUGAGCUCUACAAUGGGAUUAAAAGUGCUCAUUCUAGCAUACAUGCAGUGAAAAACAUCCUGAAGAAACUUCCUACUGUAAACUAUAUGACUUUGGAAUUAAUCACUGCGCUGCUGCUCUAUGUCAGCCAGAAGUCAUCUCUUAACAAGAUGGAUGCGCGAAGCCUUGCCAUGGAAAUAGCCCCUGUCAUUAUGUGGCAGAAAGAGCAGAAGCCAGAUUCUUACAGGCAAUAUUGGAGUCCCACAUCAAAAAGUCCUUCCAAGAAGAGCAUGGCUCCAGCACCUACUUACAGUGCAUGGGACAUGCUUUCUGAAGAAGGUGAAGGCACGGAUGUUUCAUCUCCCAUUCCCCUGGAUGAUGAUGGUACACCAGUGGAUUUUGGCGCUAUUGAGGUUGUUCAAUGCCUCAUAGAACAGCACAAUACAAUUUUCACGGAUGCAAAUGAGACGGUUUGGAGGUGACUUGAAAUUUCUGAGAACACCUGUUUCCAGGAUUUUCCUCAUGUGACUUAUUAUCCAUCCAGUUGGACAUUGAGUGUAGUAUGCUUGAUGUAGUCAGGUUAAUCAUUGCUCAAUAGCCGUUAUUACAGUUUUAGCCAACCCUGAGACUAUUGGAUGUGGUUCUGUAAAUGUUUGGGUUAGGAAGUUUUAUGUUAAAAACUAUUAGUAUAUGAAAGAGCAUUAUUUUGCCCAAUCAAAUUUGUUUGGGAAAGGAAGAUCAAUAAGAUAUGUAAUGUUCAACA